GUUCGAUCGAGAAUGUUAUGGGUGCCCCCGACCCGAAGCGCAACUUCUUCCACGGACCACGGCUAUGGUGCGAUCAAACAUAUCAGAGUUCCUGAACGCCUGGUUGGGUCCGUCAGCAUAUGUAUCAUUUCGUUUUUCUGCUAGGACCGAUGCCUAUAAGGUGUUUGAUAUCUGGACCAAGCCACUUCUUUAAUGAUAGGCAGUAGCCUCUUGGAUCAACCUCAAGAUUCUGUCCUUUCGCUGUUCUUUACAUAGGUGAUGACUCCUGCCCUAGGGUUUUCACUACCGACCAUAGUUCUAUAAGAUGAUUGGUUAUCUUGUUGAGUAGGAGGAACAACUCAAUGUAGUUAGGGACUUGCAACGACCUUGUUCUACUUUGGUUAUAAGGUAACUGGCUUUUACUUUUUCCAUUAACGCAACAUUCCUACUUAGAUUAUGCGACAAUUUGGGAUUGCAUUUAACUGCCUGGAGCAUACCCUUUUGGACAUUUGUGAAUGCUUCUGUUGCAAGGGAAGCCAAGACAACAAUUUUACCUUUUCCUGGAAUGCCCAACGGCCUUUACUAUAAAUCAAAAGAGAAACAAGGCUAGAGCUUAAAUUAAAAAUAUAAUUUAGCUUACAACUUUUAAAUGCAGCUAUUAGCGUGUGAAUGUCAAUUAACUUCAUAGAUGAAGGAUGAUAAUUCUUUGGGUUGAAAAAUUGAAGUACUCAAGGAGAUGGAAUCCCAUAACAGAGCUGGUUGGUAGGAUACCUGAACUAUCUGCGUCACUAGUAGCUGGCAUUUUCUUAGUUCUCAUUUUUCUGUUCAUCGUGUUUUUGGGAUUAUGUAUUAAUUGCUUUAUUGUAGAGACGUUUCUGUCCCUCUUAGUUUCUCUCACUUGUAGGAAUCAAUGGAGCAGAUUAGAAGCAGAGAGCUGAACUUGUCGUCUUCUUUCUACCGUGCAGUUUUUUCCGAGAUAGAAGAGGUUGGUUGGGAGCAUCUGGUGAGGCUAGGCGAAGAUCUAACGUAUCUUAGCUUUCGAGUUUUAGACAAGAUGGGAAGGACGCACAUAAUGGAAAUUAAAUUGGAUGAAACCUAUCCAAGAAGUCCACCUUCAGUUUCAGCGGCUGUCCCUUGCAUAUUUAAUUUGGAAUGGUCAAUAAAAUCAAGAUUGAAAGAUGUUGUGCUCCAGUUUCAACAGCAUCUGGAGAAACUUAAUGAAUUAUGGUCCACCUUGGAUAGCAUUGAUCAAUCUCUUUGGGUAGUUGAUCCAGAACUGGGAUGUUGUUCUACAACACAUCGUUUGAUCAAUAUAGGGAAUGAUUGCUUUCUCAUGUUAUUUAUUGAUUCUGCUGAUCCAAAUUCUUUACCAGAAUGUCGUUUUAUAGGUUCAGAUGCAAAAGUUAACACUUUAAGAAAGAUAUGGAGAAGAAACUGUAAAUGGUGGAUGAAAGACAAACCUCUUCCUGAAAAUCUAGCAGUCGUAUUGGAGACUCGGCUUCCUGGACCUCCAACUGUCCAGAAGAAUGACCAGCAAAUCGAAUGUGGAAUUUGUUAUGCGCAAUGUCUUCCCAUUGAUGGUGAACUUGGAGAUAGAAGUGGAAGUGGGACUGAUUAUACUUGUGAAAAUAGCAAUUGCUGCAGGGCUUUCCACAGUCUUUGUCUUGGGGAUUGGUUACGUUCAAUCACUACAACAAGGCAGUCCUUCAAUGUUCUGUUUGGGAGUUGUCCUUAUUGUUCAGGACCUGUUGCAGUUAAAAUUAACUCUAAGAAGUAAUUCAUUAUUCUUUAUUGCGGCCAAAGGUUUAAGAUGACCUCUGUUUCUUGGAUACACCCUUAGGACGAGCUAGGAAUCGAAUCCCAUUUGGUGUGUGUGAGACACCAUUUGUUCCUGGCAUGUCUAGAACUCAAGUUCGCGGCAGGUGCAUAUGGAUUUCAAGCAACUGCGACGUCUGCUUUCGCCAUUUUCCGUGGACAACCCAAGCUUUUUUUGGAUUGAAGUGUGUUAGGGACAAUUAAUUUAGGUUUAAAUGGCACCCUCAGGAAGCUCACUGCUCAAUCGCUUUCUUCCAAAUUUUGGUACUAUACUACUGAUUCAUCAACGCCACCCAUCGGUGAUACGCAUCUUUGCCUACUGUGCGGUCUUGAAUGUACCUUUUCUGUUUUAGUACAUUGUCUUGACUAGUCCUAGACACUUUAUCAGGACAAAACAGAGUGAUUCAAUCAAUCUCCACAUCUGAGCUCGAACUAUUUUAUUGUCAUUGAGUAGAUGCAGAUGUAUCUUCUUUUGCUUGCCAAUUAAAGUUGUAUCUUUCAUCCCUUAAUGGCGGUAAUAUUAUGGUGAGCGGCUACUGGAAAGUGAAUGAAUGUUCAUUGCAAGAUCCUUGUGUUUUCACACCCCUCAAGAUCCG